AGGCGCGCUCUGUGCCAAUGGCAGCACACACGCACGCCGCCACGCAGCUACAACACACCGCUGUACUCUGAUGGAGCCGCCAGUCUGUGUGUGUGAGUCCGGCAGAGCCUUGUGAGGAAGCCACGCUGCGGGUCUGCACCGACGCUAACACAUUUCUUCUUCUACCGGCGGGUGAUGGCGAGCCUGGCUGCGGCUUGGAGGCUCGCACCGUAGAGCCGCACCGGAGGAAGGUUGACUGCGGAACCCGAAGGAAUGCACCGCUGGCGCACUGACACGGUCCGCUGAAGUUAACGUUACAGGAGGUCAGUUCAGAUGCUGACGCCCGGGCUCUGCUGUGAAGUUUACGCGCUGCAUUCGCAAUCAGCUGCUACGUCCGAGGUGUCCACUUUGAAUGAAUGACGCCACCGCUUAACAGGUCCUUCCUGCAGAGAGGCUACCCUGCAUUAAAGGGACUGAAACAACUAACACUGCAUUUAUGAUUUCCCUUACAACCUUGUACUGAGCGCAUUUGGAAUCGUUUUUUCCCCCUUCUUUCCGUGGAUGUGAGUGGAGCGCAUCAACAACUGCCUGUCUUGAAGGAACCAGGAGAUCCAGUUUAAAAAUGAAGAGAAACAUGUGAAGGUUCUUGUGAAAGUUCGACCCGCAAGUUGGUCUUCAUCAACAAAAAGGCAACGAUCAUCCUUCUCUUCCUCUGAACCAUUCUGUUUGCUUACUCAGCGGUUUCCUUGCAGGACAAGUGAACAUGGAUGGUCAAAAGGUCAAAGACAGAACUUUUACGCAUUGUCCCAAGUUUGGAGCAGUUGCGACUCUUUUGUUCUUCUGGCUUUUAGCGGUUCCUGCCACAGAUGGGCAGACCUUCAAUAGUUUCCACCCAGAACGACGGGAUUGGGUUUUUAAUCACCUGACUGUUCACCAAGCCACUGGCGCAUUAUAUGUUGGAGCAGUCAACCGUGUGUACAAGCUGUCAGGCAACCUCACCCUCCUCGUUUCCCAUGAUACAGGCCCAAAGGAUGACAAUAAGGCCUGCUAUCCUCCUCUAAUUGUACAGCCCUGUUCUGAGCCCCUUGUGCCCACCAACAAUGUCAACAAGCUCCUCCUCAUUGAUUAUUCGCAAAAUCGGCUGCUGGCCUGUGGCAGCCUCUUCCAAGGUGUAUGUAAACUCCUCAGAUUGGAUGACCUAUUUAUCUUAGUGGAGCCUUCCCACAAGAAGGAGCACUACCUCUCCAGCGUCAAUCAGACAGGGACCAUGUAUGGGGUGAUUGUGCCGUCACAGGGCCAGGAUGCCACGCUUUUUAUCGGCACAGCAGUGGAUGGUAAACAGGACUAUUUUCCCACUCUUUCCAGCCGAAAGUUACCACGUGAUCCGGAAUCUUCUGCCAUGCUUGACUACGAGUUGCAUACUGAUUUUGUGUCCUCUCUUAUAAAGAUACCGUCAGACACACUAGCACUUGUCUCACAUUUUGACAUCUACUAUGUUUAUGGCUUUGCAAGUGGCAGCUUUGUUUACUUCCUGACUGUUCAGCCAGAGACACCGGAGAACAGCAUGUCAUCAAGUGGAUCCAGCAGCGAUCUCUUCUACACGUCCCGCAUUGUUCGCCUCUGUAAGGACGACCGCAAAUUUCACUCCUACGUCUCUCUGCCCAUCGGCUGUGUGAAGAACGGCAUUGAGUAUCGCCUGCUGCAGGCUGCUUACCUCGGCAAGCCGGGCCGCAUUCUGGCUGCUUCGCUCAACUUAAGUGUCCAAGAUGACGUGCUGUUCACCAUCUUCUCCAAGGGACAGAAGCAGUUCCAUCGACCACCAGAUGACUCAGCGCUCUGCGUCUUCACUAUCCGAGACAUCAAUGCAAGAAUCAAGGAGCGCCUGCAGUCCUGCUAUCAGGGAGAGGGAAACCUGGAGCUCAACUGGCUCCUUGGGAAGGACGUGCAGUGUACUAAAGCGCCUGUGCCCAUCGAUGACUCCUUCUGCGGUCUGGACAUCAACCAGCCACUUGGCGGCUCUCAGCUGGUGACCGGCCACACACUCUACACUGAGACUCGGGACCGCAUGACCUCUGUGACCUCCUAUGUCUACAAUGGCUACUGUGUGGCUUUUGUGGGCACCAGGAGUGGACGUCUAAAGAAGAUUCGUGUUGAUGGUCCUCCUCAUGGUGGCGUCCAGUAUGAGACAAUCUCGGUCAUAAAGGACGGCAGCCCCAUCCUCCGAGACAUGGCCUUCUCCCUGGACCGCAGCUACCUCUACGUCAUGUCUGAUAGACAGGUUACCCAGGUUCCUAUUGAAUCCUGUGAGCAGUAUGGGACCUGUGGAGAGUGUCUGAGCUCUGGAGAUCCCCACUGUGGCUGGUGUGUCCUGCAUAAUAUAUGCUCUCAAAGGAACCGAUGUGAGCGUGCAGAUGAGCCGUAUCGUUUUGCUGCCUCUCUCAGCCAGUGUGUGAAGGCCACCGUCUUUCCCGACAGCAUUGCAGUGUCCGAACCUAGCGUGCCUCUGCUGGUGAAGGUGAGCGAUGUCCCAGACCUUUCUGUGGGCAUCACCUGCUCCUUUGGCAACUUGACAGAGAUUGAGGGAAACGUAAAUGGCAAUCAGAUACUCUGUGUGUCUCCUGCUGCAAAGGAUGUCCCUCUCAUACCGACUGACCAAGACUGGUCAGGUGUUGAGCUGAGGCUCAACUCUAAGGAGACUGGUCAGAUGCUCAUCAGCACUGAGAUCAAGUUUUACAACUGUAGCGUCCACCAGCUGUGUCUGUCAUGUGUGAACAGUGCCUUCCGCUGCCACUGGUGCAAAUACCGCAACUUGUGUACCCAUGACCCCUCCAGCUGCUCCUUCCAGGAGGGACGAGUCAACACUUCUGAGGACUGUCCCCAGCUGGUGCCCUCGGAGGAGAUUCUGAUCCCAGCAGGGGAGGUGAAGCCAAUCACCCUAAAGGCCAAGAACCUGCCACAGCCCCAGUCUGGCCAGCGAGGCUAUGAAUGUGUCCUCCACAUCCAGGGGGUUAGCCAUCGAGUCACUGCCCUUCGCUUCAACAGCUCCAGCGUACAGUGCCAGAACAGUUCGUACCUGUAUGAGGGAAUGAGGAUCAGUGAGCUGCCUGUGGAUUUUUCUGUGGUGUGGAAUGGCAACUUCAUUAUUGACAACCCAGAGAAUAUACAAGUGCACCUGUAUAAGUGUGCAGCCCAGCGGGACAGCUGUGGCAUGUGCCUGAAGGCAGACAGGAAGUUCCAGUGCGGCUGGUGUAGCGGAGAGGGAAGGUGCACACUGCGACAUCACUGCCCUCUCAUCAACCCUUACACCACUCGCUGGCUCAACCUGUCCUCCAAGAACGUGAAGUGUACCAACCCACGCAUCACUGAGGUGACUCCAAUGGCUGGACCACCAGAGGGGGGAACUCGGGUGACCAUCUAUGGCACAAACCUUGGCCUUGCUUUCUCAGACAUGGUGGACAACGUAGAAGUGGCAGGUGUCAGAUGCACUCCUGUAGAGGAAGGCUACAUUAUUGCUGAACAGAUCGUGUGUGAGAUGUCUGCGGCUUCGGCAGACAACAGACCCGGCCCGGUCCAGCUGUGUGUGGGUGAAUGCAGACCAGAACUCAAGACUCGCUCCUCACAGCUCUACUCCUUUGUGACUCCAACUGUCACAGGCCUGUCCCCGAGCAGAGGUCCAGAGUCUGGAGGCACUAAAGUCACCAUAAUGGGAGAAAACCUCGGCGCUGGCAGCAGUGUCAACGUUCAGUUUGGAAACCAGACAUGCGAGUUCUUUGGGCGGACCGUGAAGGAGAUAGUCUGUUACUCAGCCCCAUCCCUGUCUGGGGUCGGCUCGGUUCAGAUCAGUGUGAGCGUGGAUAAUGCCCAAAUCAGAGAGAGCCUCACCUUCGAAUACAUUGAGGACCCCACUGUCCUGCGGAUCGAGCCGGACUGGAGCAUCGCAAGCGGCCACACCCCUCUGAUGGUGACAGGAACUAAUCUGGAUGUUGUUCAGGAACCCAGAAUCCGGGUGAAGUACGCUGGCCGAGAGUCUGUCAAUGUGUGCAAAGUGCUGAACAGCACCACCAUGAGCUGCUUUGCUCCCUCCCUCAUGGUAGAGUACCUUCCAGGUUUGGACGCAGUGAAACACGCGGAUGAGUUUGGCUUCAUCUUCAACAAUGUCCAGGCGCUGCUGGUCUACAACAACACCAACCUUGUGUACUAUCCAAACCCUUUCUUUGAAUCCCUCAGUACCUCAGGUAUCCUGGAGCAAAAGCCUGGUUCACCAAUCAUCCUCAAGGGCAGAAACCUGAUUCCCCCAGCGUCUGGAGGGGCGAAGCUUAACUACACUGUACUGAUAGGCGAGACUCCCUGCUCUGUCACCGUGUCUGAGAGCCAACUGCUGUGUGAGCCUCCCAACCUCACUGGCCAAUACAAAGUUGUGGUUCAAGUUGGAGGCCUCCACGUGUCUCCAGGAGCGGUGCACAUCAUGUCUGACAGCCUCCUGACCCUCCCCGCCAUCGUUAGCAUCGCAGCAGGUGGCGGUCUCCUCCUCAUCAUCGUCAUCCUCGUACUCAUCGCCUACAAGCGGAAGUCGCGGGAAAACGAUCUCACCCUGAAGCGCCUGCAGAUGCAAAUGGACAACCUGGAGUCCCGCGUUGCUUUGGAAUGCAAAGAAGCCUUUGCAGAGUUGCAGACAGACAUCAAUGAGCUUACCAGUGACCUCGACAGGGCCGGUAUCCCCCAUCUGGACUACAGAACAUAUGCCAUGCGAGUCCUCUUCCCAGGCAUUGAGGAUCAUCCUGUCCUGAGAGAACUUGAGGUGUCGGGCAACGGCCAGCAGAAUGUGGAGAAGGCCCUGAAGCUGUUUGGUCAGCUCAUCAACAACAAAGUGUUUCUGCUCACCUUCAUACGAACGCUUGAGAUGCAGCGCUCUUUCUCUAUGAGGGACCGUGGCAACGUGGCCUCGCUCAUCAUGACGGCCCUGCAGGGGCGUCUGGAGUACGCCACUGAUGUUCUCAAACACCUGCUGUCGGACCUGAUCGACCGCAACCUGGAGAGCAAGAACCAUCCCAAACUGCUGCUGCGCAGAACAGAGUCGGUUGCUGAGAAGAUGCUCACAAACUGGUUCGCCUUCCUCCUUCACAAAUUCCUCAAGGAGUGUGCAGGGGAGCCGCUGUUCAUGCUGUACUGCGCCAUCAAGCAGCAGAUGGAAAAGGGGCCCAUUGACGCCAUCACCGGAGAGGCCCGCUACUCCCUGAGCGAAGACAAGCUCAUCCGCCAGCAGAUCGAGUACAAAACCCUGAUCCUAAACUGUGUAAAUCCAGACAACGAAAACAGUCCGGAGAUUCCCGUGAAGGUGUUGAACUGUGACACAAUCACACAAGUGAAGGAGAAGAUACUUGAUGCUGUUUACAAGAACAUGCCCUAUUCUCAGCGGCCACGGGCAGUCGACAUGGACUUGGAGUGGCGUCAGGGUCGAAUGGCUCGUGUGGUGCUGCAGGAUGAAGACAUCACCACUAAGAUUGAAAAUGACUGGAAAAGACUCAACACACUCUUGCACUACCAGGUCUCUGAUCGCAGCGUGGUAGCUUUGGUCCCCAAGCAAACCUCAUCAUAUAACAUUCCUUCUUCAGCGAGCAUAACCCGUACCUCCAUCAGCAGAUAUGAUUCUUCGUUCCGUUACACAGGCAGUCCAGACAGCCUCAGGUCACGUGCUCCUAUGAUCACGCCGGACCUGGAGAGCGGUGUAAAGGUCUGGCACUUAGUGAAGAACCAUGAACAUGGAGACCAGAAGGAAGGCGAUCGAGGCAGCAAGAUGGUUUCUGAGAUUUAUCUAACCCGGUUGCUAGCAACUAAAGGCACUCUCCAAAAAUUUGUCGAUGAUCUGUUUGAGACAUUGUUCAGUACGGUUCAUCGAGGGAGUACUCUUCCCCUGGCCAUCAAAUACAUGUUUGACUUCCUAGAUGAACAGGCAGACAGACAUGGCAUUUACGACACAGACGUUCGUCACACAUGGAAAAGCAACUGCCUUCCAUUGCGUUUCUGGGUGAACGUGAUCAAGAACCCUCAGUUUGUAUUUGACAUCCAUAAGAGCAGCAUCACGGACGCCUGUCUAUCUGUGGUAGCUCAGACCUUUAUGGAUUCCUGCUCGACUUCAGAGCACCGGCUGGGCAAAGACUCGCCUUCUAAUAAACUGCUCUACGCUAAAGAUAUCCCUAAUUAUAAGAGCUGGGUAGAAAGGUACUAUGCUGAUAUCACUCGGAUGCCGGCUAUUAGUGAUCAGGACAUGAAUGCAUAUUUGGCUGAACAGGCCAGACUCCACUCUACAGAGUUCAACAUGCUCAGCGCUCUCAAUGAGAUCUACUCUUAUGUCAGCAAGUACAGUGAGGAGAUUGUUUCAGCCCUGGAGCAGGAGGAGCAGGCAAGGAAACAGAGGUUGGCCUACAAGGUGGAACAGCUCAUCUCUGCCAUGUCUUUGGAGAGCUGAAGGUGAAUGCUGCCAAAGCAAAGAAGGGGAGAGAAGGGACCGAUGGACCUGCUUAAAAGGUCACAACUUACCUCUCACCGUGGGAAAUUUCAACCACGAUCUGGACCUGGGACCUCUGUACAUCUUCAGCCGGACAAACACAACUGCUUUAGUUUGCGAUUCUUUUCCCCUGCCAUCACGAUGAGACUGACACAGAGGUUCUCCAGCUGGAAAUAAUAAUGUUAUACAUAAGGGACAUUGAGUUUGUUGGUUUCGUUUUCCUCAAAGGAUCCUCUCUAGAUUUGGCAGGAAAUUGCAUGUCAUGUGGGUGUUCACAUGUGUGGGUGUGCAUGAGAGUGUGUGUCAUAUUGAGGAAGACUCGUGUAAGACUGUGAAGACAAAUGGAGAAACAGAUUUAGCCUCCCAACCCCCAUCUGAGCGAGAAAUUGAGGAAAAAAUGUAAAAAAAAAGGAAAAAAAAAGAAAAAACGAAGGUGAAAGGCCAAUCUCAUGUUGGACAGUGUGCAUUCAGAUUACUCAGAUUUUAUUUUUGUACUCUGUAAAUGUGAAUAUCAUCAUCUGCAGUUAAAGAAAAAUAUCCACAGAGUAUCCCUAACUCCAUCUUGUAAAGAUGUCUUAUUUCACUCCUUCCCUUUUUUGGACUGAUGCUUCACAGAACAUGUACAUGAACAAAUGCUGCUCUACAUGUGAUCAGAAAGGAGAUCAAAACAACUUCUGCUCAUCAUUGGAAAUGUGAGUAGAUCUUAAUUUUGGAGUUAUAGCUUCGACAGCAUGCAUGAAACAAACUUGAGGCUGAUGGCAGUAAAGUGGCUACAGAACUGCUUCGCUCUGCUGUUCUAAGGCGCCAAUCAGUGUAUGUGAAUGUAUGUUUUUUUUUUUCUUUUUAAAUCUUUUUAAGUUUUGCAACAAAUAUUGGACCAGUUUAAGUGAGAUACACUGAUACUUGUAGUUGAUUCUGCUACGAAAGAGCCGAAAUUCAUCACGCUGAUUCCGAUUUGCUUGAGGAGAAUUAGUCAGCAGAAUGAUGAGCAGUAGCUAGAAGAAGAUGGGUGAAGCAGUUAAUUUCUAUGUGCUUUGAUUUUCAUUACAUUCCCCACAAAUGUCUCAUUUGGGGAGCGUGAUCAACUGUAUUUGCACAGCAUCCCCAAAGUUACGCAUCAGAUGUGUAAACAUUUCCAAGAGUUUGGUUUCAUCAAGUGCCAAGGAGUCGGUAGAGAUUCUGCUGUAGAAGAUACCACCCAACUAAUGGCGAUGUGUUGCCCAGACCACAAGAACUCUGUGUGGGUUCAGUUUGACAAAGUGCCAAAAGAUCCUACUGUUUCAGCUUGCUUACUAGUGUGUCAAAAUCGGUUUACGCUUUACAGAGGACACGUUUUGGGUUAACUUCAAAGCUCAGAAAGCUGGACUGGCGAGUUUUGAAAGGUACGAUGUAUAACCAGAAAGGAAAAAUCAGAUGUAUAAAAUGGUUGAUCCUGUUUGAAAGCGUCCCCUGACCAGGCUGAAAACUGCAAAUUCCAUCCUCUGAAAUGCUGAUUUAUUUUCUUCCAAGACACAUUUGCUUGUUGUUUACAUCAAGUACUUGAAAAUACGUUUGUACAGUUUUGUGUGUAGAGCGCAUGUACCAGGUGGGUGAAAAGUGGUGCUUUUCUUUGUGGCCUUAGAUACCUGCCUGCUUAGUGUUCCCUGAUCUUACCAGUCCUCUGCUAGGGCACGCUUUUUCGGUGAAUCCUGGCACCAGCACUCAGCUGAGGAAAGUGAGACGAUCUAUAAAGGAGAGGUGAAGAGGCUAUGGCCAGGCUGAGGUGGGCAGCACCUCUCCCAGCACUCGGCUCACCCGAACCGUUUGAAGAGAAGCGCCGAGAAAUGAGAAAGCGAUGGAGGGGUAGAAUGAGAGAGCGAGCCCCUUUAGCUCUGGUUUCCCACUCUGGCUUUGAAGACGCUCUUUGAUCUGAGUCGGUUGCGUGCACUCUGUGAUCAGGAGAAAACAUCAAACUAAGAGGCGAGAAGAAAUGUCCGUUGACGUGAGGAGUGAGGUGCAAUUGCUGUCAUGCCAGUGGGGGCAGCAGUGAGUACGAGGGGUUGGAGUGUGUUGCCUCGUUUGAAAAUGCACCUGCUGAUGGAAUCAGCAAUCCCAUAUAAACAGUGCACAGUUCCCUGUUAAAGUGUUGAUAAUCCUUGAUUUUUUAUGUAUUCUGCUACUUUACAGCCACAAAUUUCAAUGUAUUUUAGUGAGAUUUUAACUGAUAUACCAACUGAAAGUAGUUCAUUAGGAUUUUUUAACACAAAUUGUAAUAGUGUGCUCUAAAUUUGCAUUCAGCCCUCCUCAAUUUGCAGAAUCAUGACUCGCUUCAUGAUUCUGCAAAUGUUUUGUGGCAUGUUCCACUUUUGCACAAAUACAAUCUGCAAUUUUUGAUCCCUCUUCAUCACAGAAUGACUUAAUCUGAUUGGAUGAAGUAUGUCUAGGUCUAGGUCUGCAUUGUGAUGUCACCAACUUGUUUUACUCUAACUACUCUUUCAUCAAAGUGGUGCAAGAUUAAUAAUUUAUAAAUAUCUUCACUCAUAAGUUCUGAAUCUGUUUUUUUGUGUGUGUGCCUCUUAUUUAAUGGUAUCAGAGUAAAAAGGGCUGAAUAGAUAUUCUACUUUGUGUUGGUAUAUUACAUAACAUUAAAACAAAAUACAGGUUGUGGUUGUAACUUGAAAAAAGACAAGGUAGACCUUAUCUCAUAUUUUGGACCUGUAUCAAGCAGAUGGGCUGAAGUCCUAAAACAAACUAGUAUCACACCAGAUUUAGGAUUCAUGAUUCAGUGCUUAGAUUUGAUCUUUAAGUGUAUUUCCUUGAAGCACAUGUUUUCUUCUGUGCCACAGGUAGAGUUCCACUCUGCAGGAUAGCUGACCUUUUGCUGUAAAAAAUGAAAACAAAAAAACAACUUACCAGCAUAAUUGGAGGAAAAGGAGCUUGCAAUCUGAAAUUGAACCAGUUGUUAGUUUAUGUAAACAUAUCAAUUUUCUAAUUUCUUGGAGAUAAUUUCCCAGAAUCUACCAAUCAAAAUAUUUAUAGCAAGCUAAAAAUAAGGGGUAAGGUCACCGUUUUAUUUGUUGAGUUUGUUUCUGUAUUUAUUUGCAAAUGCAGUAUGUUAAUUUUUCAAGCUCCCUAAAGGUCUAAUAACCGACUCUAGGUACACAGCAGUGCACACAUGCGCAGCACACACAGAACAUGAAGCUUCUUCCUUUCGAUGAAGGUGUCUUCCCAAUUUCAGCGACUAGAAUUGUAUCCUCCUCAUACCUCACAUUGCUUAUAUGGAGUAAUGCUUUCUGUUUUAUUGGGACCUUAAUGCCUUUUUUCCUUUUUCCAAGGAGUGAACUUUAUUUUUUGACAGAAUCCUUCCAGCUGUUCUGUGAGCUACUCCCCCUGUAACACAGUAGUGUGAUAAACAAAGUUAGGCUCCAACUGGUUAAGAAUGACUUUGAUUUUUCUCUCUCAAAACAUUUGUUAUCCAGAUGUUUCUCAUCUGAUAUUUAUGCAUGCGUUUUAACUCGCGCUUUAGUUCUGCCUUGUGUUCCUAUUGACAUAUCGAUCUGUGCUAUGAUUUAGCCUGACGGCAAUUCUUCCAUUUGUAAAUGUCUUAAAAUUGCAGCACCUUUUAUUGUGAACAGAGAUUUUUUUAGUUGUUGUUGUUAUGAAGUGAUUGCUUGUUUACCAUGUUGUACGCUCAUUUUAAUUUAAUUUUAAUAAAAGAGAGGUUGUUUUUUUUUACCCGUUCUGCAGUGCAGAAUUACAUUCGACUGCCAGUUGCGAGAGAUGUUUAGAAAUGCUCACGAACCUCACUUCAGAUGAAGCUGAACAACUGAAAAUGCUUUGUGAAACUUUCUGCUUCCAGUGAAUUGUGGUGUUCCUUACACAAAUCAGAGCAUUUUGUUAUCUUUUCAGCUUGUUUGCUCGCUAAAUGGCAUCAGACACACAAACUCAAGUCCCAAUCAAUGUAUUACUCUCAAUAUAAAAUGAGUAUCCUUCCAUUUUAAACACAUAAUUAAAAAAAAAACCUUUUUAGACACUGGAGUACUGUAAAAUAGCAAUUACUGGCAUUGAUGAUGAUAAUAAUAAUGGUUGUCUGUUCUUCUUGUUUUAUAAAAGUGUUGUGAAAAUUGUAAGAACUUAAAGUAUUUAAAAAGUUUGUUCUCUUGGUUUUUUAUUUGCUUUGAUUUUGUUAUUAUAAUAUAUUAUUGUGUACCUAUUGUAAAUAUGAAGCACACCUAUUUUGCAAGCCAAGGAUUCACUUUGUACUGUUGUUAUAUAUAAAUAAACUUUGCUGGUUAAAAUUG